AUGCCGUCAGAAUUAGAAGAGCUAGUCGAAUUCCUGCACCACGGCAACACGCAGAUCAGACAGACUGCGGCCGAACAUCUUGUCGGAUACUCGCAAUCAAACCCGACCCUCUGGAAACGUAAUCAACUAGAGCCCAUCAAGGAUCUCAAGCUCCUUGUCAAGGAUUAUGCGCCCAUCGCGAAGAAUGCACUGACCAUCCUCAUCAACGUCUCCGCCGACGCAGAAGUCCAAAAGGCACUUGCAAAGGAUGACGAGUUUCUUGAGACCCUACUGUCGCGGAUAACCAACGCCAAAGAACCAAAUGCGAACGAAAUCGCAAUGCUACUCGCCAACAUGGCCAAGGACGACUCUCUACAAAGGGUGCUGGAAUUGAAGCGCGACGUCCCAAAGGAGUUGUCCAAGUCUGCUUGGGCAAUGGACCAGCUUAUGGACUGCUUUGUCAAGGGCGCACAGGGCGCAUACAACAAGAAUGCAGACUUCGACUACCUGUCGUAUUUCUUCGCCGACUUGGCCAAGUUUCCCAAGGGACGCGAGUAUCUAACCUCGCCCCAAGAGCACGAUGACAACGUCAUUCCUAUCACCAAGAUUCAGGUGUUUACAGAUCAUGCCUCACAUAUCCGACGCCUUGGUGUCGCCUCGACAAUCAAGAACGUCGCAUUCCUCGUACCAGCGCAUCCAGUCCUACUAUCGAACCUAUCGCCGGAUCCAAAUCUUCCGCCACCUUCGAUAGGCGCGAACCUCCUACCCUACAUCCUCCUCCCGCUCAUGGGGCCAGAGGAGUAUGCAGACGAAGACACAGAGGGUAUGCUCGACGAAUUACAGCUGCUAGAGCCCGACAAGGAACGAGAAAAGGAUAAUCAGAUCAUCAAAACUCAUUUGGAGACACUGCUAUUACUGAGUACCACCAAGGAAAGCAGAGAUGUCCUCAGACGUGUCAAGGUGUAUCCCAUCGUUCGGGAGUGCCACUUGCACGUAGACGAUGAGGAAGUGCGCGAGGCAUGCGACCGCGUAGUUCAAGUGAUUAUGCGUAAAGAGGAGGGUGAAGAGGAGGAUAUACCAGACAUGGCUAGCGCUGGUGGUAGUGGGAAGAUGAUAGAAAUGGGUAAUGCCGAAGAAGACGAGGACGAGCAAAUUAUCGACAUUGUCUAG